UUAUCACAAAAAGGACCAAAACACAUAUUUAAGAGAUAUCUACACAAUAACACAAUUCCCAUCUUUGUAAUCUAUUACCUAGACAAGAAUUGAAGAGAGAAUAAUGGAACUUCCUAUCCUUCUCUUCUGCAUCUCACUAAUUUUUUGCUGGUUCAUCAUCAAACCAUUUCUCUAUUCUAAAUCCAGCAGAAAGCUACCACCUGGUCCUACUGGCCUCCCAAUAAUCGGCUCACUCCUCGAGCUAGGUCCAAGACCCAACCGAUCACUAGCCGAGCUAGCUGAAAUCUACGGCCCUCUCAUGACUCUAAAACUCGGUUCGGUCACAACCAUAAUCGCCUCCUCCCCAGAAACAGCCAAAGAAAUCCUCCAAAUACACGACAAAACACUCUCAGCGCGCACAGUUCCCCAUGUCGUCGCCUCCCAACCGAACGUGGAAGCCACGUUGGCAUGGGUUCCGCCCGACAACAUGUGGAGGGCCAAGAGAAAAAUAUGUAACACGCAGUUGUUCACUAACCAAAGGCUUGAUGCGCUUCAGGAACUACGUCACCAAAAGGUUGAAUGGCUAGUGAACCAUAUAAGGAAAUUACAAUGCGAUAAUAAUAAUGAUAAUAAUGAUAAUGGUUCACCUGUUGACAUAGGACGUGUUGCAUUCGCGACGACGUUGAAUUUAGUGUCAUGCACUAUUUUCUCGAUUGAUAUUGUGGACCCGGAAUUCGAGAAGGCUCAAGAGUUUAAGGAUUUGGUGUGGAGGAUUAUGGAGUAUAGUGCGAAGCCUAACUUGGCUGAUUAUUUUCCGGUUCUAAAGUGGCUAGAUUUGCAAGGAGUGAAACGUCAUAUAAGGCCAGCGUAUUUAAGGUUGCGUGAGAUAUUUGAACAACUCAUUGAGAAGAGAAUAGAAGCUAGAGCUGCAGGGUUGAAGAAGAAAGGGGAUUUCUUGGAUGUACUUCUUGAUCAAUGUGAAGAUGAUGAGUCCGGAUUUGACCGCAAAACUAUCAAGCCUCUUAUCCUGGAUUUAUUCAUUGCCGGAAGUGAUACAUCCUCUGCAACAACAGAAUGGGCAAUGGCAGAACUUCUUCGAAAACCUGAAGAACUAAACAAAGUGCGACAAGAAAUAAUUCAACAAAUAGGCACAGAAAGGCCAGUGAAAGAAACGGACAUCGACAAACUCCCAUACCUUCAAGCAGUUGUAAAAGAAACCUUGAGACUUCAUCCAGCAGUUCCAUUACUCUUACCACGCAAAGCUUUAAACGACACAGAAAUGUUCGGUUACACCGUGCCCAAAAAUAGUCAAGUUUUCGUGAAUGCUUGGGCCAUUGGAAGAAACCCGAAGUAUUGGGAAAAGCCACUAGAGUUUAUGCCUGAAAGAUUCCUUAAAUCCAGUGUGGAUUACAAAGGCAGGAACUUUGAGUAUAUACCGUUUGGUGCGGGGCGGAGAAUUUGUCCAGGGAUGCCACUAGCUAUAAGGAUGGUGAAUUUGAUGUUAGCUUCUAUUAUUCAACCAUUUAAUUGGAAGUUACCAAAAGGGAUGGAACCAGAGAAUUUGGAUAUGGAGGAACAGUUUGGAGUUACCUUGAGGAAGGUUAUUCCUCUUGUUGCCAUUCCUAGCAUGGAAGAAAAUAAGAUUAUAUUUUAAGUACUAUAUGUUUUAUCUUAAUGGGAUUGUCGUUAUAUGAGCUAUGUAUGAGAUCGUGAAUUGCGAUGGUGAGAACUGAGAAGCCACUAUAUUUAUGUAAGAUAUGGGUGAUAUGUAAGUGUUGAAAAAUCAAACAUUAAGUUAAUACAGUAAUAACGAACUUCAGCAUCUUGGAUCAACAUUUUGAUUUUUAUGGCUACUCAUUUGUUAAGAAGGGGCAAAUAUCAUUUACUUAAUCUUGUCAAAGAUUUCCAUUACUUGGUUUUGUCUUUACGAAAAAAAAGAAAGAUUCUCUCAAAAUUUUAGGGAAAAGAACACC